GCGAAAAAACGCUCAAAAGGACUGCUGCCCGAGUGAUCGCUCAUAUGAACUGUUUUGCCAAACGUCAAUAGAAAUAUAAUCGUGUACCUCUAAAAUGUGUGCGUCGUAGCAUUUUAAAGUAACGCGAGAGUUUACUGAAAACAGAAUGACAAACAGAAAAAAGCAGAAGGGUUCGGACACGGCGGUCCAAGGGACCAAUGACAGCAGCGUGGUGAGUAAAGCUUCUGCUGCGGCUCAGGGCUACUUCCACGAUUGCUUCCUGAAGCACUUCGUGUACAAAGUGGCGAGGAGAGCGCCACUCAUCAAUAGGGGCUACUAUGUGCGGUGGAGAGCUGUGGAGCACUGUUUGCAGACCUUCCUGCAAGUCACACAACAUUGUGCCAAGAGACAGAUUUUGUCUCUAGGCGCUGGGUUCGACUCGCUGUAUUUCCGUCUGUGCGCAGACGAGGCGCUCAACCGGACCAUUGUGUUUGAAGUGGAUUUUCCAGACGUGACUCGGCGUAAAGCAGCACUGAUCCGGUCCAAUGUGUCGCUCUCAAGAAUGUUGGACUCUCAGCAUGUAUUUCCUCCUACAGGACCCGUGUACGUGUCUAGCAGUCAGUACUUCCUGCUAGGGGUGGAUGUGCGACAUGAUUCCAUUGUAGAGGAAGCUUUGGGAAUUGCAGGACUCGACCCGACGGCUCCAACUCUGAUUCUUUCCGAAGUGGUCCUCACCUACAUGAAAACACAACAGUCAGAUGACAUCAUUUCUUGGGCAGCAAGACUUUUGCCCCAGUCCCUCUUUGUGAUGUACGAGCAGAUCCAUCCCCAAGAUCCAUUUGGGCGCAUCAUGCAGCAGCACUUCCUGAAGUUGAAUUCCACUCUACACGCGCUCCGACAAUAUCCCGACGCUGACGCACAAAGGCAGAGAUUUCUUGCCAAGGGAUGGGAAAAGUGUGUGUGCUUGGAUAUGAAUGAGUUCUUCCUCAGGUUAAUUCCUGAUGAUGAGAGACAUCGAGUGGAACGUUUGGAGCCUUUUGAUGAGUAUGAGGAGUGGCACCAAAAAUGCUCGCACUAUUUCAUCCUCACAGCAUCUCGAGGGUCUCUCACAGCGCAAUGUCUGCUCGCCCAUCCUGCAGGGCCAGUUCCAAAUUCAUCUCAGAAACCUGCAGGCCUUGCUGUGAACAUCGAGCCAGUUUGCGUGGAGGGUCUCGGGAUGGCUUCCACAUUGCUGGACGGAGGCCAAAUCCUGCUCACCGGAGGCUUUUGCAGGACUGGCCGAGGGUCUUCGAGCCGAUUCCUGCUCAAAGGCCAUGAGGGAUGGAGAUCCAUCCAUGUACAUCCCUCAGCCAGUUUUAUUCUUCGUCUUUACCACACUGUUACUUCCAUUCCUGGGGGAAUGGCUGUGAUAUAUGGAGGACGAUCCUCUCCCGUCAACCCGAUCACAGGCCUUCUCAAAGUCACCCUCCAUAAUGAAGGUUCCCCUGGUCCUGAGGAUGUAGUUGAACUUCAUGAGGAGCAGAUGAUUUGUACUGGUGCCCAUCCACCACUUCGAUGGAGACACUCUGCUACUCUCGUCACGCAUCAAGGAAAAGACUUAUUGUUUGUCUUUGGUGGAAAAAACGAGUCUGAAGCAGUUUUAGGUGAUGGCUACUUCCUGGACCUGGAUCAACUACACUGGACUGAGGUGGCAGUAGAGGGCGCUGCACCAGAGGCCCGCCAUUCCCAUUCAGCAUGUUCCUACCAGGGAGGGCUGGUGCUCUUCGGAGGGCACGGAAGAAGGGGCGAGCCACUUGGGGACAUCAUGGCAAUGAAGUCAAAUGAGGAGGGCUUCUGCUGGGAGAGUAUAGAGGUGCAACCCCCUCCUUGUCCCAGAUAUUCGCACAGUGCCCACAUUUUUGGCGAUCACCUGAUUGUGGUGGGGGGAGUUUGGCUCCAUUCAGCCGGCGUGCCGGGAGUCGCCGUCAUCAACCUAUCCACGCGCUGCAGCAUCGAGUUCAGCCUGGUCACGAACUCAGUGCCUUGGCCUUUGAUGUUGCACUCAUUCUGCUCUGAGUUGGUGAUCCAAGAGGAAGCACAGCUGAUCCUGAUUGGUGGAGGAGGAAACUGUUUCUCUUUUGGGACACAUUUCAACCCUCAACUUGUCACUGUGGACCUGGAACCAGCACUGAAAAGAAUUUAACUAACUUUAAGGUCCUUCAGUUCAGUCCUUCAUUUGCCUUAAUAUCAUUCUAAAGAUCACAGUUAAAUGUUUUGCUAAAAUACACGGACAAACUUA